UAGAGAAAAAAAAUUGAAGCAGUAAGUGAAGAAGCAACGGCUAAAUAUCUAUCGGAAGAGCUAAACAAUGUCAGUUCGCGACUUGUGUAUUUCUCAUCUCACUCCUACAAUUUCUAGGGUUUCAAAAUUCCCUUCAACCUGUUUCCCUUCUCCAUUCCUCAACAAAAAUCUAUCUCUUCCGAAAAGUCUCCUCACUUCUAAUUUUCUUCUAUCAAUUGAAAAAUCAAGCACCACUUAUCAACACAAUUGUUCUCAAUUUGUUCCCAAAUCAUCUGAUGAUGAGAUAUCGGGAGUAGAGGAUGAACUUGUUGAUGAUGAGGGGAUUGAAUCUUCUUAUAGUGAUGAUGAAGAUAACAUUGAUUCAUUCGAAAUUGACGAGCUCGAAAGAGAAGCCAGAGAAGCUGUCAGAGAGUAUUCUCUGUCUUUAGCUCAUGAACUAAAAAUAGAUGACGAAACAAUUGAUCAAAGGAAAAAAGGUCGAAAGAAGAAGAGGGAAAGCAUAUCAAGUAAAAAGCUUAUCCCAGACCAUCUGCUUCCGAGAGUUGCAAUUGUUGGAAGGCCAAAUGUUGGUAAAUCAGCAUUGUUCAAUCGCCUUGUUGGGGGGAACAGAGCAAUAGUUGUAGAUGAACCUGGUGUUACUCGAGACCGCCUGUACGGUCGAUCGUUUUGGGGAAACAUUGAAUUUAUGGUAAUAGACACUGGAGGGGUUAUCACUGUUUCUAAGUCACAGGCUAGCGUUUUGGAAGAUUUGGCUAUUUCAACAACUGUUGGCAUGGAUGGGAUUCCUCUUGCUUCCAGGGAGGCAGCUGUUGCUAGGAUGCCGUCAAUGAUAGAGAGGCAAGCUACUGUUGCUGUGGAAGAAGCUUCAGUUCUAAUAUUCGUUGUGGAUGGCCAGGCAGGUCUGUCGGCAGCAGAUGUGGAAAUAGCAGAUUGGCUUCGUAAAAACUAUUCAGACAAGACUAUCAUUCUUGCUGUGAACAAGUGUGAGUCUCCACGUAAAGGAGUCAUGCAAGCAUCAGAGUUUUGGUCCCUGGGGUAUGACCCACUUCCAGUAUCUGCGGUGACUGGGACAGGUACCGGAGAGCUGCUUGAUCUUGUUUGUUCAACGUUGAAAACAGUCGAGGCCUCAGAGGAUACCAAGGAACAAGAGAAGUAUGUUCCUGCUAUUGCUAUUGUUGGGAGACCAAAUGUCGGUAAAAGCAGCAUUCUGAAUGCAUUAGUUGGAGAGGACAGAACAGUAGUUAGUCCUAUCAGUGGAACUACUCGUGAUGCUAUUGAUACUCGAUUUACUGCACCAGAUGGGCAGGAGUUUCGUCUUAUUGAUACUGCUGGAAUUAGAAGAAGAGCAGUUAUAGCUACUUCUGGUAGCACAACUGAGGCAUUAUCAGUGAAUCGUGCAUUCCGUGCUAUUCGUCGUUCAGAUGUUGUCGCUCUGGUUAUUGAAGCUUUGGCUUGUGUUACAGAGCAGGAUGCCAAAAUUGCUGAACAAAUCGAGAGGGAAGGAAAAGGGUGUGUGAUUGUUGUAAACAAAUGGGACACCAUACCAAAUAAAAAUCAGCAAACAGCAACAUACUACGAGCAAGAUGUUAGAGAGAAGCUCAGAAUUCUUGAUUGGGCACCAAUCGUUUAUUCAACUGCAAUGAUUUCCCAUAGCGUUGAAAAGGUCAUUAUAGCUGCUAGUACGGUAGAGAAAGAGAGGUCAAGAAGACUAGGUACUUCCAUAUUGAAUCAAGUGGUACAAGAGGCACUUGCUUUUAAAUCACCUCCACAGACCAGAGGCGGCAAAAGGGGACGGAUAUAUUAUACUACUCAGGCAGCUAUUCGACCACCCACAUUCGUGUUUUUUGUUAAUGAUGCAAAGCUUUUCUCUGAGACAUACAGACGUUACAUGGAAAAGCAACUUCGUUCAGAUGCAGGGUUCGCAGGUACACCAAUCCGGCUUCUGUGGCGUAGCAGAAAAAAGAUGGAAAGGGAAGGGAGAGGAGCUGCAGCGACGAAUACACUUGUACCUAUUCAACUGCAACGACAAAAAAAGUUGGCCACGGCAGCAACGAUAAGUUGAAGCCAGAAUUUUAUUGGAUUAAAUCAGUGUAGUCAUCUUAUAGUAACAACCAUUAGAACUUCAGUGAUAGAAAGUUGUAUGAAAUUUAGGAAAAUUAAAUGGUAGUCACUAGUCAACCACGAUGUAUGAUGUGAAAACAAUGAUGUAAAGUAACUUUAUCCAUUGUGAAAUUUUGAGACAAAACAUCUACGUCCCAAAUUUUGAAUCAAAAUCUCGUAUAGCCA